GUCCGCGCUGCUGCGGCGCGGAGCGGGCGCCGCCGCGGCCCCAUUGUGUGGCGCGGCCGCGGCUGCCCGGAGCCCGCCGCCAUCUUGUGCCGUAGCGGUGAGCGCCGCGUCCGGGCCUCCGCCGGGGGCCCGAGCCGCCCUCCGCGCCCAGGCCCCGAACCGGGCCGCGCUCCCCCGGCUGCCGCCGUGCCCCGAGGCGGCGGGCAGGGCUCCUGGCGCGGCGCGGCGACCCCGGGGCUGAUGCCCGGCACCUCGCCGCCAGGCCAGGCGUGAGGGCCGCCGCCGGCCCUUGUCCCCUCCCCGGCCCUUUAGCCGAUGCCGCCGCUGGACGAGCCCUUGCCCAGGCCGCGGGCGUAGCGGUGGGGGCUGCCCACGCCGCUCUUGAGGAGGCGGGCGCCCGCCGCCCCUCGGCCGCGGAUCAGGAGAGCGAGGCCCGGCCCCGAGGAGCGGCCGCCGCUUCCCGCCCCAUCAGGCGAGGGGCAGGACACCCACCCCCGAGCCCCUCCCGCCCCAGCCGGCCGGCGAACCGUGCCGCCGCCGCACCGCCAUGAAGAUCAAGGACGCCAAGAAGCCGUCUUUCCCAUGGUUUGGCAUGGACAUUGGGGGAACUUUGGUGAAACUUGCGUAUUUUGAACCUAUUGAUAUCACUGCAGAGGAGGAGCAGGAGGAAGUUGAAAGCUUGAAGAGCAUCCGCAAAUACCUGACUUCCAACGUAGCCUAUGGAUCCACCGGCAUUCGAGAUGUCCACCUUGAGCUGAAAGACUUAACGAUUUUUGCUCGAAGAGGAAAUUUGCACUUUAUUAGAUUCCCAACUCAAGAUUUGCCUACUUUUAUCCAAAUGGGAAGAAAUAAGAACUUUUCCACACUACACACGGUGCUGUGUGCCACCGGUGGUGGCGCUUACAAGUUUGAGGAAGACUUUCGCACAAUUGGAAACCUCCAGCUGCACAAACUGGACGAGCUUGACUGCCUUGUAAAAGGCUUAUUGUAUAUAGAUUCUGUCAGCUUCAAUGGGCAGGCAGAGUGCUAUUAUUUUGAAAAUGCCUCAGAUCCUGAGAGAUGCCAAAAGAUGCCUUUUAACCUGGAUGAUCCAUACCCAUUGCUGGUUGUUAACAUUGGUUCAGGAGUCAGUAUUUUAUCGGUCCAUUCCAAAGACAACUAUAAAAGAGUAACUGGAACAAGUCUAGGUGGAGGGACCUUUCUUGGUCUGUGCAGUUUGUUGACAGGCUGUGAAAGUUUUGAAGAAGCUCUGGAAAUGGCCUCCAAAGGAGACAGCACACAUGCUGACAAACUUGUUCGAGAUAUUUAUGGAGGAGACUAUGAAAGAUUUGGCUUGCCAGGGUGGGCUGUAGCAUCCAGUUUUGGGAAUAUGAUCUACAAAGAGAAGAGAGAGUCUGUCAGCAAAGAAGAUCUUGCAAGAGCCAUACUGGUCACCAUCACCAAUAACAUUGGGUCUAUUGCCCGGAUGUGUGCAGUAAAUGAGAAAAUCAACAGAGUUGUGUUUGUUGGCAAUUUCUUACGUGUGAAUACUUUGUCAAUGAAGCUUCUUGCAUAUGCACUGGAUUACUGGUCAAAAGGGCAGCUGAAGGCCUUGUUCCUAGAACAUGAGGGAUACUUCGGAGCUGUGGGUGCUCUUCUUGGGCUGCCAAAUUUCAGUUGAGAUACCAGAUGUCACUACACUGAACUAUUUUCCACCUGAAUGGCACGUGUUUAUGGCAAUGGGAACUAAAUCUGGGGAGGGGGGAAUUAACUAGCAGAUUUUCUGUAACUGCUUUUACGAAGUGAUUAGCUACUGAAUAUUGCUAUUAUGAGGAAGAGGGUUUCACUCUGUUGGGCAUUGAAAAGUGAAUUGUUUGAGGAUAUCGUUUAUGUUCUUUGGUACAUGUAGCCAGUAUUGAACUUUUAAUAUGCAAUACAUACUCUGAAAGCAAGCUUCCAGAAGAAGGAAUGCCAAACCUUAAAGUGCUCAGCAUGAAAAUGUUGCAAGUUUACUCCUGAGGCUUUAGGCCCAACAGUUCUGUAUAUAUUUUCUUUAGUUAUACUAUAUUAUGAGCACAAUUUUCCAUAUGUACUUGCAGACAAAAGCCUUUAAAAACAAUAAGGUACCAUCCACAGGAUGAGGAAGACAUAGACAACUGCUUCCCCCAGUAAGAAUAGUUAUUUUUAUGUGUAAUGGGAAUAAUGGUUUCAUUUCAGUGGGAAGAAUGGAAACACAAAAAAUCAGCCAAAGCAGCAGAUUAAGCAGUUGAUGUUUUGAAGGUUUUGUGAAGGUACUCGCUUGCCCUCUUCAUUUCUUUGAAGAUACAGCUGGUGUUUUGGGAAGAUGCCCUCUGUCUGUGGUGUGAUUUAGUCAAGAGUUUAAUGAUUAAUGAUGGCAGGUUUUGGGGUUGAGUUCUGAGUUUGGUUUUCUGGUUUUGGUGGGGCUUUUAUGAGGACAUGACUUGUAAAAUGCCUUCUGGUGGGGUUUUUGGGUGUCUCAUCAAUUCUGACAUCAUGCAUCAUUAUUUGUAAAGGUACCACAAAGCCUGAGAGAACUGGAGAAACCCAUAUAAAAUAGACUACGUAUGGGACCUUCUCAUCCUGAUGCUUUGGCUCAUUUCUGUGGAGGUUUGGGAAAUUUCUGCCCCAUCCUACUAAUUUGAAAAUAUUGUUUCUCCUUAAUUUUAAUCUAACCAGAUACUGAAAAUGAAAGGGUGUUAGCUUGCUUUUGGAGUUGGAAGGUUGGUUUUGAUGGUGGAGAACAACAUCAGAGUUUGUAUUGCAGCACCAAACGGACCAAUAUUUAGUGCACUUGCGGUAUGGAGCCAUUCAUCAAAUUGUGGCCUUGGGAUAAAAUCUGUUCUCUGGAACUGAUCUUUGGGGUUUUCUCUAUACUUUUCCAGUUGUGAUUAUUGUGAUAAGUUUAGUCCUGGAGCCAGGGCAUGAGAUCUGACACUUAUAAGGAUAUUCUACAGUCAUUAACUACAUGACUCUGUGGACUGAAGAGCUCCCCAGUUUUUAUGGUACCAUUUUAAUGUUGAAUGUUUCCUCUAGGUGCAUGAGGAGCAGUCAUACUAGAACACAUUCUUACCUUGAGGUUUAAGGUAUUUUUAAAGCUGAUUGCUCCAGUAUUCCACAGCAUGGCUGUGUUGUAUUCACAGACCAUCUACUUAGUGUGCUAGAAAUCUCUUGUGUGCUGUUUUCAGUCUUCUCUUCCUUUGCUUAAAAUUCAAAGCCCCAUAACUAACAAGUUUAUUAUUUUUAGUUCUUUUCUGUGGUGCUUUAAGAGUACAGUAACUUAGGGUAGCCAGCUCAUGAAACCCAAUGCCAGUUGCAGAUGCAGUUCCAUUCAAUGUUGCUUUUCCUUGUACUCAUUCUACCUUUCCAUUGUGCUUGCUUUUAUGUUUCAUUUUAGACUUUUAAAAACCAAAUCACACUCACAGUUAAACUGGUCUAAAGCUGAAUCAGAGCACUUCAAACAAGAAGCUAAUAUGGUUCUUAUAGACGGUCUCUACAUCUGCCAUAUACUGAUCCUUUUAAGUUCCGAUUGACUUUGGAAAGUCACCUGUAUUUGGUUAGAAAAUGCUGUAAAAACUUCAUUUCCUGGGUGUUUUGACAGCUGCCUGAACAUUUUGCAAACCACUUGCGUAUUUUUUUUUUGCUAAGUGAGAUACUUUCAGACACUACAGCUUGAUUAGAAACAGUUCCUUCAGCCCAUACUUAUCACUACUUCUUGUUUUGUGAUGCUGAAAGAGCUGCUCUUGAAGCAGUAGUUGAGCUUACUUGCAUAUUUAACCCGAAGCACAUGCAGAAGAUGGUAACAUAGUGACCAUGGUUAAUUUAAACCAUUUGAAGUUGAUGUGGCCUAAGAUACAUUUUUUAAGUGAAUUGUACAGAGUUAACAGAACAAAUUAAUGGAGUAAUCCUUAAAUAGCUGUACCAUACAGAAACUACUGUGAGAAUCAGAAAGCAUGCCCUACCUCUGUUACUUCCCUUGAGCUUCUAAAAAAAUUGGCUUGCUUUUACUAGUUUCAUCAUCACAAUGGUUACUUCAUCACAAGAGCAACCAGAGAAGUUGUCAAAUCCUACUGUGAAGCCCAGGGUCCUGUAUUUAAGCCACAUCUUUGGAUUUAAUUUUCUCCUGAUGUAGAGCUUGUUACUAGUGUCUCUAAAGAUUGACUGUACCACCAGUAGAAAUGCUAGGCAUCACAGAGAGUUGCAAGACAAGCCUUAAAGUCUUUUUGUCUAAAUUUUCUUCUAAUAGAUUGAAAAGGUUUGUUUCUUUUAUACAAAUCACUCAAGGAACUGGCUUUUUCCUGAUCUCUGUUUUUACUUUCACCCUUGCCAUUUCUUUUCCUCAAAGCUAACUGGUUGGAGCAGCUUUAGAGUGAAUUGACUGAAUGCGACGGGCUAUAGUAGUGACCAGUUGAGGUUUUCUCAGGGCUACUGUUGUCUUUUCAAGUGGAACCACUUCUCUGGAGGAAAGUUGUGUGGUAUUUCUUCCCAAGUACAACGUAAGGCUCACUGUGAAUGCGUAAUCCUUUUCAGCUCCAUCAGUCAUGUGAGUGCCUUUUCUUUUUCUAAUGCAAUGCCAAUUUUGCUGGUACUAGUACUUUAUUCAUGAGCUUUCCUAACCAGUGUUGCUCACCAGAGAAAUGGCAGGUGUUUGUUGGCCCUGGAUGUGAUCUCUUCAAUCCAGUGUAGCUAGAGAUGCCGGAAAAGCAGCAUCAGCUUUCUACUUCCAGUCCCUGGAGCCCUUAUCUUGGGUAAUGCUUUUGCAUUCUUUGGUUUCCCCACUCCAAUUUGGUCUGUGUAAGUAUUACACACAGGUUUAUUGUAUCAGUUUCUCCCUAAAACUGAUGCAGGCUUUUAGUCAGGUAAAUACAGAUUAUUUCUGGCCAAAGAAGUUCCAUUUUAGAUGAAGCUAUUCCAAGUUGGUAUGAUUGUUAAUCACUUGCACCUUUCUAGAUCUCCUUGGGGUAACUGCAAUUUGAACAAGAAGAGAACUUCUGCAGUACAUUUUGAAUACUUAGCAAGCUGGAAUUCAGCAUAUCCUCAGCAUUCUUUAUUGAAGCUAGCAGAGGUUUUAGUCUAAACACUUCUUCAUUCUUUUCAGUAAAACCUCAAUAGAUUUUACAGUUUGGAGAGAAGCAGUGCUUGAUAAACUUUCUUCAUCUCAGAGUUUGGUCAAGAUUUUCAAGGGAUAUUCAGAUGUGACCUGCCUUUUGAAGACCUUUCCCCUCUCCCUAGCGUUCUGCAAGCAAGCCCCUGUGGGAUUCUGCCAACACCUCCAUUCAUGGUUUGAGAGUUAGAGCAUGGAAAGUGUAUGAGACCAUGCUGUCCCACUUAGUUGCAGCCUGUACAUUAAGAACAGAAGUUCUCUUCUGGCUUCUCAUAAUGGGUUAAAUAUUUCUUCAGUAGUACUGUGAGAUUCCUACUUGUAUUUGCGUUGUUGAUAGUAUAUAUGCAAGGUGAUUAUAUUGCCUUUAAGGGUUGUAAUGCUGACUCUUUGUCUAUCCAGUAUAGGUCUUCAGGAAACGCCUACUUCCAGAGAAGUUGCAAUAACUUCUCAUUUCUAAAUGUUGCAGAAUAACAGUCCAAUUUUAACAUUUGGAACUAACAGAAGUGUCUUUUAUCUAGAGCAAAUCUGUGCUUCUUAAAGACUAGAUGGUAUCUUUGGCAUUCAGUUACUAACUUAGGUUAAUGCCUGAAUUUGCAGUCAACCUAUUUUGAAAUGUCCCUUUUGCUAUUCACAUGCUGGAAACUAGAUAGUUAUAGUCCUGAGGAAACAGGUUAGCAGAGGUGAAGGUCAGUGCAGUUCUGUUGAGCUGGUUGAAGUUGACUUUUUAUCCUCAGUCCAUUUACACACACAAGACUAGCUCUUAGUGUUUUCCUAGCAACAGGACUGUCUACAUCCUUUAUUUGGAUUGUGUAGGCUUAAAACCCACGUAAUAUGUAAAAGUGAACAAAAAUCUGUGGGUCAGAUGAGAAGUCUUUGGCCAAGACCUGUAGGUCACAUUGCAGAGCUGCGAACACACUUGCCACAUCCAGUUCCUGAUUUGGUUGUAUUAACUUUUCCAUUUCCCAUUAACACACAGUGAGGGGGGCAGACUUAACACUUGUUGUGGAUGAAAUGGGUGAUUAAGUCCUCAGACAUGACCAUGGGAGAUCGAAAAUAUGCUUUAGCACAGUAUAGAGGGAGAAUUCCCUGCUUACAUUCUUUAAGUUUUACUAAUAUAGUCCAAAAUACAUCACCAGUAUUCUGUCAUCUGUGAUAAGAUUACUAAUUCUGGAAGUCUGCAAUUAAUUUGCUUAGUUUUUACUUCACACAUGUAAAGCAUAUUAAAUAUUCUUAAAACCCCACUUUCUGAAAACAUCUCAAAAGAUGCUGUAAUGUAUUUGUAAUUAUUAAUGGGCUAAUGGAAUAUGUUUGAGUAGUAUAGGUUUGCAUAACUGAGUGCCAAAUCCUGCUCACUUCAGUUACUUGGGUAGAUGAUUCUCUUCAGUGGGGACCGUUUUAAAAUGAUGAGCAGGAUUUGGCCUCGAGUUCUUAUGCCUGGGGAACACAGUCGUGCUACUUUGCAUAUUCCUGCUGGUGCUAAAUCUUCUGUUAAAAAUAAAAAUUCUAAAUAGAAUUUGUAAAUAAAAUAUUUAUGGCCUGGUCGUUUUGACAGACUGAAAUUUUAUCAUUUGCAAAUACUUUCUUGGCCUUAUUUCAAGUUUCCCUUUUGUCUUUUUAUUUAGACUAUAUGGACUGUGUUUGUUAGUGUGGCAAGUCAUUGGGAAGGUUGGCUUCCCAUGCUGCUUUCUGUAACGUUCCCCUUGUGCAUUAGGAUACAGAUGACUUUUCAUUGCCAGAUUACAGUGUUACCCUUCAUCUUGGUUUGGUUUGGUAGCUGGUUGGACAAGUAGUGUCAAGUAGAACAUGACUGGCAUUUGUUCCCUGCUAAAACUUCCAAGUAAAUCAGUCAUUACUGGGGGAGGUUGUUAAAAAUGCAAAAAUACACAUUGAAGAUGAUGUUUAAAGCUAGAUGUGUUCAUUAGUCUUGCCUGUAAAGCUGGAAUAUGGUGUGUCAGUUGCUGAUCUUUGCUAUGAAUUGCAUUUCACCAUUCUUCUAGCAUCAAUUUAAGAACAUUGUAAAUAGAAGCUUUGGGAGGAGUUAUUUUAGAUUCAGAUUGUGCAUUGCAAAAGAAUUGAGCUAAAAGCCUAGUGAAUUAGAAAUUUGAGACGUGAAAUUGCCACAUCUAGAAGAUGAAAAUUAGUGUGUUGGUGUGAUAAGAUUUAUAGGGCUUUGAUAAUCCUCACUUUUUUACAUUCCUGAGUUUUGGCAUUAAACAAAGGAGUAUUUAAUUUUCCAUCUGCUGUCUUGUCAUAUUCAGGCCUUGUCAUCACCAGCUGAUAUCUUCAAAUACUUUAGUGAGUUAGCAAAACGAAAUGGGUAAGUUUAGAAAUUGGAAACCCUGGUAGGAUAAAGUUCUCUGAAGAGCCAUUUGCUUAAGUUGCCUUAUUCUAUUACAUUGCACUCAUGUUAUGUCUCCGCUUUCUUGUUUACUGUUCAGACACUGAAGAUGUGAUGUACAAAUACUGUGCUACAAAUUUGUAUUCAUAAAUUACUGCUCAAUACCGUUGUGUCACCUGUUAAUACAGCUCUUGUAAAUGAUCCCUUUCUGCCAUCUCGAAUACAGCUCUUGUAAAUGGUUUAAAUUAUUUUUCUUUUCUAGAUUCUCAUUACUGAAUGUACAGAUCAGAUCCCUUUAAUAAUGUCACUGAGGAAUUUGAUUGGGGCCCAAAUAUGGCCAAUGCUGUAAUUCAUCCCAUCAAAACUGUAAAUAAUUCUUUACUGCUUGUUUGCAUGGAUGAAGUUUGGAUUUCCUUUACUUUGUGAUAACCCAACUCCUCUGUGAUGGGCCUACUUUUUACUGUUUCUUUUUCUGGGUUUAUUACCAUUUGUUCUGUGUGAAUGUUGAAAAGUACUUUUGUCUUUUCCUAAUAAAUAAUUUGAGAUUCUU